AUGCACCCCUCAGGCACCAACCCCGACGGCAGCAUGAUCCUCUCCUUCUCCGACUUCUGGGGCGAGCAGCAACAGCUCUUCCGCUUGACUGACCUUUGUGACCGCGCAGGCUGCCACUGCCAAGGCGCCGAGAUGCUGUGUUUCAACUGGGGCUACGUGUUAUUCGAGCAAGCCUUGUAUGAGACGUAUCGGGAAGAUUGCGAGAAUGCCUGCUGGUGCCAGGAGGAGGCAUCGACCGAGUCAGAUUCAGAGUCGGACGAUAGCAGUGUCUCGUGGUCAAGUUCCGACACUUGGUCGAGUGCGGAUUCCACGUCAAGGGAUGUGGAUUGGGCGGCGGAGAAUGCACAGUUGUUGAGGAAUUAUUAUGCGAGUGUCGUUAGGACAUUUGAUACUUCGACUGGUGUUGCCCCAAACAGGCUCAACAAUGGUAUUCCAUGCCGAGCUGGUCAAGCGGCAGGGUGGGUAUUCGCAAGCGGUGCAUCUGGCAAGUGCUGUCCAGGAUAUUCCUACACCGCGCUGACUGCAUCGGAGGCAUAUGUGCUCUAUGGACUUCCGAUUGGGUCUAUCGUGGCUGGUGUGAGGUCGAUUGGCAUGUGCUUGAAAGCCGUGUCAGGUCUACCUCCCGUUUAUGCCCGCCUCAAGUUCCCUGCGGCCCACGUAUAUGUAGACAACGAGUGGAUUACCAUUGCGCACAUCGCCUCCGAAACCAUUAACAUAAGAGAGUGCGUACCCGAGACGAUCGAAAGCCUAGAAACACUUCAGUACCUCGGCCUUCACCAGGAUGCCGCAUUAGAAGCCUUUGAAUCCAUCGAAUGGGCGAAGAGACACGUCUGGAACCUUCCAGAUGGCUCUGAGGACGAUACAGUUUCCGAAUGGGAUGACGUGAUGAGAAUCAUGGGCGUGCAGGACUUGUGGAGAAAUGCCAUUCUGGACCCGAGGUUCGCCAGACCUCGAAAAGAGCACACUGCGAGGCACUGGGUCAUCCAGACGAUGGAGGAGAAAUGGAAACACCUGGUUGAGCUCGAUCAGAGGAUGAAGUUGGAUCCAGCUGACAUCGAGGCAGUAAAGCAUCGCAUCGGAUACAGGGCAAAUCUGCUAAGAAAGUAUGCCGUCAAUGGUAGCGAUAGCUUUGAAUGA